CCUUUAAGCAGAGGGGUUAUUCAAUCUUGCCACAGCAAACAGCACCAAUUAAAGACACAUCAUCAGACCCGGCUUGGAGGAUAAUGCUGCGCUGUACCGAAAAUACCUUUGCAGCAGCAUUUACUGGCCAGGAACAGCGAGAGGCAGCAUUUCUCCUGCUGGCUUAGCCGUGAUAUUCCUCCCAGAUUUUGGUGGAGUCAUUUUGAGAAAAGCCAAAUAAGAGGGGAAGAGUGAGGAGAGGAGACGGAGAAGACGCAGAUUUGCUUGUUUAUGCUGUUGCAUCCAUCCUGGUGCUGCUGGAGGAGGAGGGAAGGGGGUGAAUGUUGUGAAUGACUGAGGCAGCAGAGCAGCUGAGUGAGACUAACAAGUGGUUGCCAUGCAGCAGGAGCAAGCGUGCGUGCUUCUGGAGGGGGAGAUAGAGAAACAGAAUGAUAAUGAGCAGGAGGCAGCAAGUAAAGGAGCAUGAGGACAGGAGCUGGAUCUCUCAGAAGAGACACACAUGACAGCUUGAUCCAGUCUCUCCUCCCCUGCCUCUCUGUUUCUCUCUACCUCCAGCUUUUUUUUUUUUUUUUUUUUGCUUAGAUGGGCAGUUAGCCUAGCACACCCAGUGUGCCAGCAAUGGAUGGAUUAAUGGAUAUACGUCUGAGGGCUCCGAAAAGGGGGAGUUGUUCGCGAGAAACAGCAGCAACAGGUCUGUAAGGAUGGCACGAUAAUGAUGGUGAGAUGCCUGCUUUUUCUUCCUUAGACAUCCUCACUAGAGAAUCUGUCAAUGCAGUCUCUCUCUUUCACCCCUACCUCACUCCCUCCCUCUCUCUUUCACCAUGCAUACUUGUGCAGUGUCCUCCUCAUCAUUCCACUUCCUUUCUCCUCGCCUGUCUUUCCCAGUUCUCUGUGUUAAUUUGCCCUGUCCCCGUCUGUAUGCAUCCUCCCUCUCUCCUCCAACCCUCCCCUCCAUCCCCUCCCCUCCCGUCCUCUCACCCGAGCCACCUGCUGCUGAUUGUGUUCAUGUGAAAGAUUUGGGAGGAAAAGAAUGACAGACUUCCACUUGUGUGACCAAACCCACCAAUUUUGCGAUUAUGUUUGGUCCAUUACCGUCGCUUUCUCACCGUCUGACGGAAUUACAGUCUGGCAGGCAUCUGCUCACACGCAACAGGUAACAUGCAGGCUUCUAAACGCCUGACCCUAUCAGAGGAGAGAUGAGGCACCUAGAUGUUGGUUUACCAUGAGUAGCGUCCAUUACAACCACUCCCUUGCUGCCAUGAGCGGAAACGACAUGAUGGCGCACUCUCUGACUCUGGAGCAGAAGACAGCAUUUGCUUUUGUGGGGAUGCUACUGGUGUUCUUGGGGCUGCUGAUAGUGAGGUGUUUCAGGAUCCUGCUGGACCCUUACAGCAGCAUGCCCUCCUCCAACUGGGCCGAUGGCAUUGAGGGGCUGGAGAAAGGGACGUUUGAGUACGCCCUGACUUAACACAGGGACACACACAUCCAUGGAUGUCCUCACAAACAGAAAUGUCUAUAGAAACACGUACACAAAUACACUUGCAAACACACCCACACACAUAAGCCACAGCUUUGCACAACCACUGCACCUGACAUCUCUCUGUGACGCACCGAACUAAGAAACUGAAGCUGUGUAUGUUGUUCAAUGUGUGUGCAUUGUUAGUUCAGAGUCAGAGUCUCUCUACUGUCUGUGACUACAUGUUUGUUGUGUGUGUGUGACCGAGUGUGAGGCAGAUGCUGUGUCAUAUUCUCUGCCCUUCUGCCAGGGGGUGUGUAUUUCAGCUCAUCGAUUUACACAGAACUUGGCUGAAGCUCCCUUUAACCCAUGCCUACAAGUUGAAUGUCUGUAGAUGCAAAGAGGUGGUAAGAGGGGAGCGUUCGUGGAACAGGGUGGGAAAUUUAGGGUGCAGUCGGACUGUUCAGAUAUAGUCUGAAGACUCAGGGACAAGAAUCCUUAUGUGAACUUAGAGUGGGAUACAGAGUGGUUGCACCUCUGCAAAGCAGAACUGUUCUGCACAAGAAUGUAUAUGGGUGGAUACAGGGUAUUAUGUCAAACUAGUGCUUUGUGGACUAAUCAAAUCCAAUCUGUUGGUGAUCCAAAGGGGAGCUGCUGCUGCUGCUGUGUGUACAGAUUGGUCCUUUCUGUGGUGUCUUGUUUUCAGAGGUCAUGAAAUGAAAGGCAACUGAACAAACUGUGAUUUACAUUAUGGUGUUACUGUUUCUAAAUGAUGCAAAAUCAACUCUCAGAGUUUGUACUGCUGCUGUUAUUGAGUGACGGUAUACUGUAUGUUGCCACAAUUACAUGUCCGAGUGAAAGAAAAAAAACACAACUGUUUACUUUUGACAGUAUGUCUGCAAAGACAUAUGAUAAUGUUGCUUUAUGAAUUGUCAAUUGUUCCCACAGACAAGCUUUCUGUCUAAAGGUUGGCUGAUGAGAUCAAGCCAAAGACCUUUUAAGGGGAAUGAGGACUGAGGACUAGGAAGGACUCUCUCACUCUCAGCGCUGCUAGUUUUCUAACGACAAGGAGAAACUCUCACUACCUGUCUGCAAAGGAAAAGGUCACAUGGAAAACAGGGGUGCGAUGUGUGCCAGCACUGCACGUGAACAUCUUUUUCCUCUAUUCUCAGCCAUCCUCAACCUUUCUCACCUGCUCUCUUCCUUCCAGACAGAGGAAGACAGGACAGUCCUUAACACAGACUCUGUAAUACGGCAGACUGCUCAAAGUCUGGAGUGUUCCUUUGCUAAUUUUUAACGGUCUACGGUUUCUCCUUAGUGCUGUGAAUCUGCCUUACUGUGACCUUCAAUGGGUUUAUGUGCCUUCAUCUAGAAACAUUAGCGCACCUGUGCGUGUGGGUGUAUGUGCGUAUGUGUGUGUGCGUGCGUGUCAUAUCAUGAUGACAGACCUGUUGCUUGCUCAGCCGGUGGUAGAGAUUUCGCCUUGAUUUCAUUUGAUUCAAUGAUGUGAAAUAAAUAGAAUUUCUUCACUUUAAAAUAUUGUUGGUCAAAUCUUUGCGUUUUGGGUCUCUUAUUUGAAAUCGGUGAAGCAGCAGUAGAUCAUUUUUUUCAUAUUAGCACGUUAAAGGAAAUAGCAGUGCCUUGGAAUAUCCCCUUGCUGAGAAUUUCAAGGCUUUUUUGUCGUGUCUGCCUCUAAACUGUGGCCAUAGUCGUCCGACAUCGCUGCGGCAACAGACAAAGAGGUAGCAAGAGAGUGCAUCAGAGAAACACUGGGGGAAAAUAGGCAGCCGGAUUUAUUUUAGAAGACUGGUAGUGGUAGAUUCUCUUACAGGAUUUUACGAUGCGCAAGUAUAUGUACGUGCAUGGUCUCGAGAGAGAGACGGGGUCGAAUACAGCAGCACAAAGUGAUACACUACAGUCUUGUGGUGAUAACACGAGUCUCAGGCUGCAGAGGCUAGCAGCCGUUCCUCCGGUGACCAGUUCACACUCAGAGGUCGCCAUGCACACCUUCCUCAGCACACAUCAUUGGUCAGGAAUGCAAUCAUUAUUGCGCCAUUAUCUCUGUCACCUGUGUGACAUCCUUAUCUGAAAUCUAUUUUUAGUGGAAAAAAACUCAGUUCUCUUCCUCUUCAGCCUACAAGCCCAGUUACAAUAAACCCACAAGUAAUAAGGGUAGCCUGUCAAAUUUUAACAAAUGUGUCUGCUUUGCAUUGUAUUUUCAUAUCUCACUGUGCAGUCAAGUCAUGUUGUGGCCUAAAGUUUAUUCAAAAUACACUAAUCACUUUCCCUUCUCAAUUCAAGACAACUAACCUUGCCGUUGCAUCCAAAAGGAGGAAAUUUGAUCUCAUUUAUUUAUUUUUUUGUAUAACAAAUAUAUAUUACUAAUUAUCAGAAUGGUGAGAAAUCCAUUCUUUUAUCGGACUCCUUCCUUUAGGGACACCAAAAUAAUUCAGACACAUUGUGCUUUGGCUGCUGGAUUUGCAAUAAAAUAGGAACUUGCAGAGUGCUUGCAGAAUCCUUGUUACAUAGUACAGGGCCAACGGGAUAAACCUUAGUUUUACUGAUUAUCAAUCAUUAGUUUUAUUACUUCUGGUCUUCGGACUUCACAGACUAUGUCCUUGAUUUGUUGUGAUAAGACCAAGAGGUACAUUUUUAUUACUGAAGUUAUCCAAAGUGCUGCGAUAGUUAAUUCACGUUUGGUACAGUGGUUUUCCAAAAAUAGCUUUUAGCAGUCAGAUCAUUGAAAUGUUAAGAACUGUAGCUGAUACAUUGUAUUAUUAUUAUUUUUGUGCUGGAGCCCACAUCAAUCUCACAUAGGAGCCUUGAUGGCAAAUCGGAAGCCUGAUGUGUUUGAUUUUAGAAUUGGAUUUAAUCUCUUUGAACACAUCUAGAGGGUUUUAUGCAUUACCUGCCAUGGUAUACAUCUUUCCUAAAGGCUAUUAAUGAUUAGAAAACUAUUAUGUGUAAUAAUUUACUUUUAAUAGAUUAAAAACUGCACUUUUAUGAUGAACUAAUAUGUUCACUUCUUGAAUAUCCAUUUCUGGUUAUUUGUAAGUAAAUGUUACUUCAAAAUGAUCAUAAAAUUAAAAAUAUUUCAUUUUUCAGUUAAAAAAAAUCUUGUCAUUGAAACAGAGCAAUUCAAACUACAUUGCAGUUAGACAUUUUAUUCUGCAAACAUUUAAGAAAAAAACAUGCAGGAGAAGAUUCCUGGCCCCAAAAAAUAUCUCAGUUGAAAAAUACAGGAAAAUAUGUUAACACAUCUGUUUGACCUGAAUAGCUGAAUUUGCAGAACGAUGCCUCUGACUGCAGAAACUCUGACCGCUGAGAGGUUACUUUGGGACAGUUAGCAGAGCAUGAGGAUCUUUAGACCAAUAUUUAAUGUAUGGAUUAAUCAGCUUUUAACUUGCUCUCUCUUUUUUUAUCAUUAAGAUUGCUUAUUUUGGUGUAUUAACUCAAAAGUCCUUUCUAGUUUUCUGUUUUUUAAUGUUAACCUCUUUCUUCUCUUUGACAAGGCAUGCAGAUACGUUGUGUUUGACUGGAGAUAUUUUGUUUUAUUCCUGAUUGACAGACAUACUGAGCAGGCCUAUACUGACUGAACUAUAGGGUUUACCCACCCUUUUGUUUAUUGCAGCCUUUUAAGAUUUCCCAUGACCUCAACUACAGCUGUGCAUUUUGGACUAGUCAUUAGACCCUAUAGUCAUAUAACCCUCAACCCCUGGUUAAUCUUAAAUUGUCAUGAUAAAGGCAUUGACAGGUUAUGUUGUCUUGUCAAGUUCUUCUAUCAAAGACAUCUCAAACAACCUUAAAUAACCAAAUUCAUGAAAAUGAUAGGUUUCCUGUCAUGUUUAUGGAGUUUUCCUCAAGUUGAGUGGUGCCAAAAGCUGCAGUGUUGCAUGAAACAAGAACUAUCUCUGCUAAAGAAUUAAAUAAAUUCUAAAUUUGACCAUGAACAUGUGCCACAAAAUUGAAGUUUAAUUGUAAAAAUGAUCUGUUAACAAUCUGUCUGAACAAAGAGAAGUAAGGCGAAAUAGGCGAGCUGUACUGCAGCAGCCGAUGCAUUCCUUAUGGAAAAAUUCAUUUCUUCACCAUGACUCAGUCGGUAUCAUUCUUACAGAAAAUCAUAACAACUUUAGACUACUGUGUUUCGAAUCUGAUAAGCGUUGAGCAAUUGAUUGCCUCCUUUCAAUCUGCCCAUAAAAGCACGUGCAGAAGUAUUUUCCUCAGCUUGCAAUACAGCCAAGGUCAGAUAUCCAGUCAUUAGCCUGCCUUUCACUGUGCGCAUAAAUCACUGUGGUGUAUCAGUAAUAAGGAAGUUUACCUGUUAGGAGAUCUUUUAAAGGCACUUUAGAAGUCAUGUGGCUCCAGUGAAGUGCCCCCGGCGUGUUCCCGUAAUUCAUGGUCUUAUAUUAACUCUCAUUUUCCUCAUGAAUAUGGCCAUUUCUUCUGUGCGAGCCAACCACUGACUUUCGCCUCUUAACAAUUUGUGGAGAAUCAUUAGAGACAACAUUCAUUUAAUCAGUGUUAUAACUCUUAAAGGUCCAAUACCUUGCAGUAGUUGCUGUCAGGUUGCUCUUACUCACAUAUCAAACUAUUUCUAUUGGUUAUAUCCUGUUGCUUACAUAUCUGUUGUGUAAUAAAGAAUUAUUGUACAGUAUUAGCCUUAUCUCUUUCUGUCACAGUGCCAUAAUGGCUCUGAAACCUUGAAACUUUUCCUACUUUGAUACUUUCUUCCAGUGGGAAUCUCCAUGUGGAUGCUCUCUGGUGAUUCAUCCAAAGGGCUCAUAGGUCUGAGGAAAUACUAUUCACAGGCCCAUAAACCGCAACCACAGAACAACAUGUGCUGUUGCCCUGUACAUCAGACAAUAAUAUUAGUAAUCAAUUCCUCAAGAACUCAGGCAAUGAGAGCUUUUAUCUCUCGUUUGGUUUUUAUGACUUGGUUAAU